GAUGGUUGGAAGACUGCGAGAAUGGUCCCAACUUCAAUGGAGGUGGAGGAGAAGCCGAUGCUCUGUGGUGAAGAGAGCACAGUUGAACUGCGGAUUUUGUCGUACGGAAGAGAUCUCAACUUUCAGUGGUAUGAAGGCAGUGAAGCCAUUCCAGGAGCGUGCGGAGACAAGUUGGUCCUAGUGAAUGCAGGAGAGAUCGGAGGCAGGAUCACGUGCUGUGUGUCAAACAGACAUGGAUCGUCGUGGGUUGCCUGCCCCAUCCUUCUUCCAGCAAGCCCUCGGCACGCUAAAGAGGUGCUGGAUAACAUCGACAACCCCAAGCGAUACCGUUUGGAGUGCAGGUGUGGUAUCGUGACAGAGGGGUCGGCAACCAUGCUCUGCCAGAACUCCUGCGAAUGCGGAGCCGUGUGCUGCGGAAAGAUCAAAUGCCUCGACUUGCCUGAGGGCUGCUUGUUUUGAUCAUCAACUGCGAGAAGAAUGCUUGUGUUGUAGUUUAUCGUGCUCGCCAUAUGCCUUACUUAUUGGAUGCCGCGAGCUGUACAAUAUGGAUGUGUCACUCUAGUUGCUUUGGGUCAUUUUUUUUGUGUAAUCUGCUGCAAGAGAAGAAAAAGGAGGUUCUGCAUCGGUGCUGUUCAGCUAAACAGCCUAAAGCUUUGGAAUUCUCUCAGAUUGUGUUUUAUGUCAGACUUUCUGUAUUCCUGCACGUUUUUAAUACAGUGAAGAGCUGACAA